CUGGUCCGGACCGGGUCGCGUCGUAGGACUGUGGAGGCGGUGGUGGCGGCAGCUACGAGUCUGGGAGGGGCUGCGGCGUUAGGAUGAACGCGCCUCCUGCUUUCGAGUCGUUCCUGCUCUUCGAGGGCGAGAAGAAGAUCACCAUUAACAAGGACACCAAGGUCCCCAAUGCCUGUUUGUUCACCAUCAACAAAGAAGACCACACACUAGGAAACAUUAUUAAAUCACAGCUGCUGAAGGACCCCCAGGUGCUGUUUGCUGGCUACAAGGUCCCUCACCCCUUGGAGCACAAGAUCAUCAUCCGAGUGCAGACCACACCUGACUAUAGCCCCCAGGAGGCCUUCACCAACGCCAUCACUGACCUCAUCAGCGAGCUGUCCCUGCUGGAGGAGCGGUUCCGGGUGGCCAUCAAGGACAAGCAGGAAGGAAUUGAGUAGUGGCUGGGAGGUGCCUGCCUGUGCCCCGAGCUCAGCUCCCACACAGCAGCAGACUCGGCUCUCCUGGUCCCCAGUGGAGGAGGGCGGCUUCUCUCGGCUGUGGUCCUCCUUGAAAAGAUGCCUCCUCAGCCCCUCACGCCUGACACUGAUGUGCCCUGUACAUAGAUUUUGACUGUCUAAUAAAGUGCAGCCAGAAGAGA